AUGGAACCGACGAGGACAUUAUACACGAAAACAAUUGACCACGGCCACAAAGAGGCAACGUAUCCACGAGCAUACACUGGCAAGGAUUUCUUAAAGGAAUGGAGCGAAGAGAACGAGCCAGAGGUCGACGAGUUGAGAUUGCGCCAGGAGGAAAUAGAUGCAGAACAGCAAUCCGUCGAAACAGAAACGACCAAGGACGAGAAACAAUAA